CAGCCAACAAUCAAUUUUUUUUCUGGUUAAUACAAAACACAAUUUAUAAAAUGUCUCUUAAAUUUUUACUGAUUUUUUUCUUUAUGAUCGGGAUCGCCGAAAUGGGGACAGUUGUCACUAUCAAGAAUAAAAUCUAUGUUAUUCCUGAUAAUACACCUGUGGUUAUUGACAACGAUCAAGUUUAUUUUAAAAGUCCGAAUUCUGCCAGUAAUAAUGGGACUACUUUUGAUUCAAACAACAACUACAACAACAACAACAACAAUAAUGACAAUGAAGAAGAAUGCUCCUAAUUUUUAAAUUAUUGACUGUCAAAUUAAUUAAUUAAUAACAAUAAUAAUUCACAAUAAAUUAGUCAGAUAAGAUGAUAUAUGAUCAUUUAUGAACACGAUCAGAUUUUGUGAUCACAUAUGAUCGAAUUGUUGUAUAUAUAUGAUGAUAUGUGUUUGUAUCUAUAAAUAUAUAUAUAUAUUUAUAGAUAUAUAUCUAUCUUUUUAAAGUAAUAUCACCACAUAUCAUAUUAUAUAUACA